AUGAAAAAAUAAAUUUAAAAGGAAUUAAUAGAUCAAUAUACCUAAAUGGGUUUCUCGGUGGAAUUAAUUCAUAUGGCAUGGGAAGUGAUAAACGCAGAAUCAGAAAUGAUGGACACACUCAUUACUUUAUCAAGUUAAAAUUAGUAGAUGCAAUAAACAUCAAAUGUACGAUUAUUUAAUAGAUUGAAUAGAAGCAAGACGAGGAAAUUCAACUAACGCAGGCGUUGCUGGAUUCAUAUAAAACAAAUCAAUAGACUGGAUCGCAAAAAUUUGAAAUAAUUUCACCUGAAUAAAGAAAGAGAGUUGAUGGAAUCCCAUGCGGUUUGAAGAAUGUUGGGAAUACGUGCUAUUUUAAUGGUUUGCUCCAGACCUAUUUCUUUGAUUGUCAAUUUGUGAAGACCAUCAUAACUUUCUAAAUUCCAUAACAAAUUGAAUAAAACAAAUAUGGUAAAUCAAUCUAGCUAGUAUAAAAUCUACAAAAUCUCUUCAUCAGUAUGAUUGGGAGUGACAAAAAGUAUGUUGAUCCAUCCGAGGUUGUUAAAAGCAUCUGUGAUGAAUUCGGAAAUGUUCUUCCCAUUGGAGAUCAGAAGGAUGUGGGCGAAUUUAAUCUUUACUUCCUAAGUAGGGUUGGAGAAGCACUUACUUAAGCAGAAUCGCAAAGUAGCAAAGUUGAAGACAUAUACAUAGAAUCUUCUCCUUCGAUUUUGAAGUAGAAGUCAUCUGUGAUUCACGAUGAAGAUAUUGUUUCGAAGUUAUUUUUAUGUAAGGUUUUUCAUCAGUUUCAAUUUGAACAAGGGGGGAUUCAACAGAUCAGAGAAAGCACAGAACUUUUCAAUUACAUUCCGCUUGAUUUGAAGGAUGGGAACUUAUAUGAUAGUUUCGAUAACUUUAUCGUUAAUAACAUCGAUGAUUUCAAGAACGAUUUUAAUGAAACAGUUCAAGCAGUGAAAUAUAAUUGGAUACAUUCACCACCUUAAAAACUGUCAUUUCAAAUUCAGAGAGUUAUUUAUUGCAAAGAAAAAAGUAUGUUGUCACAGAAUAUUAUGUUUUAGAUGAUUUAAUUAAAUAAAAUGAUGAGUUUACGUUUGAUGAAGAAAUCUACUUGGAUCGUUUCCUAUUGGAAAAUAGAGUGAAAUACCUGGAAACUAGAAUAUAGAAUAAAGAAUUCAAAUCCAAAUAAAAGAAGAUUAAAUUGGGUCAAUAAUAAUUGGCUAAAUUUAAUGAUCAACAUGAUUUACAAGAUGUAUUGACUAAUACAAUCAAAUUUUUGGAAAUGCAAAGCGUAGAGAACAACGAGCAUGCUGCUAACUUUGGGUAAUCGGAUUAGCAAGCAGCCAUUGAUUAAUUGCAACAAUUUACUUAGAAGGUAUUGAGGAAAAAGAGGUAGCUGUAAACUCAAUAUGAUGAACUUGAGAAUUAGAUUUAGGCUAGCUACAAUGAUUUAAAAAAGCAUAAGUAUCUUCUACAAUCCAUUCUCAUACAUGAUGGCUAAGCCAGUAAAGCAAUAUUCUAUUAUUAGAUUCCGGACAUUACUACACUUACAUUAAAGACUUUCGAAGAGAAACAUGGUUUAAAUUCAACGACAUUCACGUAGGAGUGGAGACUAAGGAGAAAGUGUUUUAGGAUGCCUUUGGGAUGAAGACGGGAGUCAACGCAUACUUGUUAAUCUAUGCUAGAAUUGAUAUUGUGAAAUAGGAAUUAGAGUCUCAAAUCAGAUCGUACAGAAUAAGUUCGGAACAUGGAUACUUGAAUGAUAAAUACGGUAGUUUCCUCAAUUACAUGUAAAGAGAACAGUUAGCGAAGGAGAACUAAUUGUUCUACAAUGAGAUAGAGGAAUACAAGUCUUCGAGGAUCAUAGAGAAAUUAAUUGAGUCUUAUUAAAUUAGAUUUCAAUUUAUUAAUGAACACUACCGAAACAUAUCUAGCUAGGUGCAAUAAACUACGUAUAAGCCGUUGAUAAUGUUGAAUUUCCCAAUGUUUAUUAAGAGUAAGAUGACUGUGCUAGGUAAGGAUUCUUAUGAGAACAUUUUAAAGUGGGCAAUCUUGGAUUCAGCAUUGAGGGAUGUGAACUAGGAUAAGUCAGGUAUUUUUGGGGGAUAGAUUAGCGAGCACGUAAAAUAACAGUAUUAUGAAAAUAGUUUCAAAAUCAAAUAAUGGUUAAGUUCAAGGCAUAAUUCAAUGAAUUCAAGAGGCCAACUGAUUAUUUGAGUACAGAGGAAUAGAAUGAAUUUCACAAGUUGACUUAGGAAUACAUUCAAUAUGUAGCAAUGGCUUCGUUGGCAUCGAUAUUAUUGGAUUUAAUUUUAAAAAGAGAGUUUUGCAUGGUGCUCUCAGUGUUGCAUCAUUUUUCUAUGAAUGCAAAAUAAUUGGAUACUCAUAAUUAUUUUUAUAAAAUGGCAAGUAAUUUUUAAAAAUUAAUUCCAAUUAUAAUAAUUUGCAAAAUGAUUCCAGCACAGGCGAAUGUGAAUUUGUAAGAAUUGGAACUGCUUCAAGCCUAUCUGUCGUUUUAGCAUUUUAGGGUUGAGGAUCAAAAUUUUUGGGAUACUCAGAUUUCAAUAAUGAUGAAUGCGGUUUGUGAAAAUCACGAUGAACCAUAUGUUCAGAAUAUUAUUACUAAAUUUGAAGCCAAUAUUAAAGAUCCAAAUUUUAUAAAUUAGAUAGUGCAGAUCAAUGAUGUAAUUAGAAUGGUAAUUGUAGGACAUUGGCGUGCAGUAGGCAGCUUUGAGUGCCAGUUACGAUGUGUAUUAUUGGUUUCCAAAUGUGAAGCAGGAUGUUUUGUUUGAUAAGUUGGUUAGCGGUUGGAAUGAAAUGAAAGCUUAAUUCGAUGUAAGUGUAGAGUUUUAAUUUAGCCGUUCAUCAAGAUAUAAUAAGCUCAUAAGCAAUCCCAUAUUCCACUGAUGAAAUAGGAAUUAGAAAAUCUAAUUUGUUGA